UGCUGGCUGCAAACCUUCUAUGGGCUGCUCCUGUCCAGAACCUCUCACCCAUUGCUCAUGCAGGGACUUCACGGCCCACACGGGAUAUGAGGUACUGCUGCAGCGGCUGCUGGAUGGCAGGAAGAUGUGCAAGGAUGUGGAGGAGCUGCUCAGGCAGAGGGCCCAGGCGGAGGAGAAGUAUGGGAAGGAGCUGGUGCAGAUCGCGCGCAAGGCCGGAGGCCAGACGGAGAUCAAUUCCCUGAGGACCUCCUUUGACUCCCUGAAGCAGCAGACAGAGAACGUGGGCAGCGCACACAUCCAGCUGGCCCUGGCCCUGCGUGAGGAGCUGCGGAGUCUGGAGGAGUUCCGUGAGAGGCAGAAAGAACAGCGGAAGAAGUAUGAGGCCGUCAUGGACCGUGUCCAGAAGAGCAAGCUGUCACUCUACAAGAAGACCAUGGAGUCCAAGAAGGCAUAUGACCAGAAGUGCCGGGAUGCAGAUGACGCCGAACAGGCCUUUGAGCGUGUGAGUGCCAACGGCCACCAGAAGCAAGUAGAAAAGAGCCAGAAUAAAGCCAAGCAGUGCAAGGAGUCCGCCACAGAGGCAGAGCGAGUGUACAGGCAAAAUAUUGAACAGCUGGAAAGAGCGAGGACUGAAUGGGAGCAGGAACAUCGGACCACCUGUGAGGCCUUCCAGCUGCAAGAGUUUGACCGACUGACCAUCCUCCGCAAUGCCUUGUGGGUACACUGCAACCAGCUCUCCAUGCAGUGUGUCAAGGAUGACGAGCUCUAUGAGGAAGUACGGCUGACACUGGAAGGCUGUGAUGUGGACAGUGACAUCAAUGGCUUCAUCCAGGCCAAGAGCACUGGCAGAGAGCCCCCAGCUCCGGUGCCUUAUCAGAACUACUAUGACCGGGAAGUCACCCCGCUAAUCGGCAGCCCUAGUGUCCAGCCAUCCUGCGGUAUGAUAAAGAGGUUCUCUGGGCUACUGCACGGAAGUCCUAAGACCACAUCUCCUCAGCCUCCUGCUGCUUCCACAGAGACUCUGACCUCCACUCCUGAGCGGAACAAGUUGGUCUAUGCCGCCAUCGACAUGCAGGCAACGCAGGGGAACCUUGACGCGUCAGCUCAGGACUACCGGGCACUCUAUGACUACACGGCACAGAAUCCCGAUGAGCUGGACAUUUCUGCGGGAGACAUUCUGGUGGUCAUCUUGGAAGGAGAGGACGGCUGGUGGACUGUGGAGCGGAAUGGACAGCGAGGCUUUGUCCCUGGGUCCUACCUGGAGAAGCUCUGAGGACACAGACAGACUAGCGCCCUGCGGGGAGGUCAGGACUGUUCUCGCCACUGCCCAGGCCUCGUGGGCAGAGCCAAACUUGGCUGCCUGGGGAUAGGUGCUGGCUACACCCAGUGCGUUUCUUCCAGAAGGAAUAAAGGGGCACAUUCUUCCUUUGCUGGGGUCCUUUUCUCUUACCCGUGUGUCCAGGGGUUCAAUUCAGAAGCCAGAGUAUGGGGAGCCUGGAGAAGAGAGCUCUGCCACUUACAGACAAGCCCUCAGCAGGCAGUCUCCAGCGAGGGGCAGAGGAGAGGCCUGGAGCCAGGUGUCUGAAGCUCCCGGGCUGACAGCCAGGAAGAUGCAGGUAGGUGAGGCUGGAGAGUGGCUCAAGAGGGCUGCAGAAUGAGAUCAGGCAUCCUGUGGCAGGGAACUGGGACACAGCAGGACCUCAGUGAGGCAGGGGCAGCAGCAGCAGCUAGGAUAGGCAAGGAUGAACACAGGACAUUGGCAUACUGAGGGGACAUGGGAUGAGGAUACUGCUGG